AUGUAUUUUUCUUUCUUCUUUCUUUCUUUCUUUCUUGUAAGUUUUGUUUCCUUUCAACGUCCUCCCAUUUACACAAUGAUACGAACGCAUAUCAACAAUCUUUUUUUCAAGGGUCACAAAUACAUACACAUUUACACUGCUUUUUCACACAUUCACACUCCUAAACACACACUCACUCUCUCUGAUACUGUCUCUCAAAGUUACACUUUUAAACAUAUUUAUCUCUUAAAACAGUCACUCACGGACACCUUCACAAACUUUUUUCUCCUCUUUCACUUAGUCAUUCUCGCUUUUUCUCACUGUCACACCUACACACAGCCUAUGACAGAUAAAGGUCUCUAUACACACACUUUUCCUAUUGCUCAUUCUCUCUCGAACACACACAUUUUCUCUCUCACUCAAUCCUCUUCACACACAUCUUAUCCAUCCCUCCCUCUCACAAAACAUACACUCCCAGAUAUUCUCUUUUCCUCUCACACACACAAAGCCCCACGCAACUCCUCACUCUUUAACAUUCAUUUUCUUUAUUCCUCCCACUCUCUCUCUCUCUCCCGCACAAUCAAUCAAAACUCUCCCUUUUACGUACAUUCCCUCUUCCACUCGCACUCACAUACACGCUCUCACUUUCGCAUUCUUUUCAUUUUCUCACAUACAAUACAUAACAGGUAA